AUGGGUCUCGGAUCAUAUAGCACACCUGUACAUCAGUAUAGCCAAGCUAUUUCCGGUGAAGAAAAACCCGGAGAAACUCCAAUUUAUGUAAGUCCUUUAGCAAAACCAUAUCUUUACACUCCCUUACUCCCCCACCCUUCUCUCUGUGUGCGAAAAAAAUUAUUGGAAAGUGUCUAUUUUUGGUAAAACCACACCCUCUAUAAACGAACAAAAUUUUUAUAAAAAAAUAUGAUGGAUUGAUGGUUAGUAUAAUGAAAUCUCUAGCUAAUUUUUUCAAAUUUAAACAGCUUCAAUUUAAAACAUAAAUAUAGCGUCUGCAUCGCUAUAGCGUGCCUUGCACAGGUUCUCCACACCAGCUUGGAGCUCAGACAAGCCACCUAAAGGUGGCAAUCCAAGUUGACAAAUCCUUGCAAAAGGGCACGCUUUUGCCAACUUGGAGUUGACUUGGCACCUUUAGGUGGCUCUUCAGAGUUCCAAGUUGGUGUGGAGAACCCUGUGCAAGGCACGCUAUAGUGAUGCAGACGCUAUAUCGCAAGCUAAAUUAGUUUUGCUUUCCAAUUUUUGGGGAAAAAAUUUACUAUAAAAAUUUAAACCCCAUCCGUGAAUAAACAAAUUUUUUUGUUUUAUUUUGGAAAUAGGGAUGCUAGAAACAGGAGCCACAACUUUGUAUCAAAAUUUUCAAGUGAGUGUAAAAAAUCAUGGAGAAAAGCCAUUCCUAGGGACACGUAGAGUAAAAAAUGACGGCUCUUAUGGAGAGUAUAUAUGAAAGACCUAUGACGAAGUAUCAGAGCUUUCAAUGAAAAUUGGUUCGGGACUGCAUGCUCUAGGUCUCACAGAGAAAAAUGAUGAAAAUUUGUCAAUUUUAGGGAUUUAUGCAAAAACUUCUGAAGAAUGGAUGAUUACAGAUAUAGCUGCAAUGAGUCAAAAUAUUACUAUUGUUCCGAUUUAUGAGGUUCAACAGCCUGAAACAAUUAGAUUUAUCAUUAAUCAGACCCAAAUGAAGGCUGUGGUCUGCUCUGUCAUGCAACUUGAAAAAUUAAUGUCAAUAAAAGCAGAUGGAAGUCUACCAAGUUUAAGGAUUAUUAUUGUGUUUCCUGAAAUUAAUGAAGACAUAAAAGCUAGAUGUUCAAGCAUAGGAGUUGAUGUUUAUAGUCUCCAAGAAGUUGCAAAUCUGUCCCAGGAAAUUGUGGAAUCUCCUCCAAAGCAAAGCGACGUUUAUACAAUUUGCUAUACAAGUGGCACCACAGGGAGGUCAAAAGGUGCAAUAAUCACCCAUUCAAAUGUGAUUGCUACCAUCGCUGGGAUUUCUGCGUCUGGGUUUUUAUUUAAUCCAAAUGACAGUCAUUUAUCAUAUUUGCCAUUAGCCCAUAUGCUCGAAAGGCUUAUUUCUCAGAUGAUAAUUUUCUAUGGGGCAAAUAUAGGCUUCUAUUCAGGUGAUGUGAAUAAUAUAAAAGACGAUCUAUCAGCUCUCAAGCCGACGAUUUUUGUAUCAGUUCCCAGACUUUAUAAUAGAUUUUAUGACCUUAUGAUUCAGCAGUUCAAUAAUAUGACAGGGAUUAAAAAAUUCAUAGCUGACAGAGCGUUGGCGUGAAAAAUGUCAAGCUAUCAUACAGAUGGAAGCGUAAGCAAUAGGUUCUGGGAUACCUUGGUUUUCAACAAAAUCAGAAAUAACUUACUCCUCCCAUCCUUGAUCGAACGAUUGACUGUAAAAAUUCCUAAAAAUUGGGAAAAUUAACGCCCAUCCUUGAUCGAACGAUUUUCAUAUCAUCCAAAUUUUAAUAUAUGUAAAAAUAUCUUUAAAAAUUUAAAAUUUUUAAUUCAAUAAGGAACAAAUUAAAAUUUAUACAUUUUAAAGGGGUGGCCAAUAAAUCGAAACAUUAAAAAUUGGUAUUCUUAUGAAAUUAAUUCAAUUUUUUGCUGUUAAAACAAUUACUAAAUACUCUUAAUAUUUAAAAGUAAAUAAAAAAACAAAAAACAUAUUUUUUUUUUUUAUAUAUAUAAAUUUUUUUCUCAAAAUUUUUUUUUAACCCCAUCCUUGAUCGAACGUUGGCGAGCCGUUCGAUCAAGGAUGGGGGGAGUUAGGCGGAAGGGUCAGAUUCAUGCUUACAGGCUCAGCACCUAUUUCUGGAGAAGUUUUAAGCUUUUUGAGGGUAGCAUUUGCAUGCCCAAUUGUUGAAGGCUACGGACAAACUGAAUCUUGCGCUGGAAGCAUGGUUACGCGCCCUACAGAUAAUGAAUGUGGGCAUGUAGGUGGUCCUUUACCUUCUUUAGAGGUAAAACUUGUCGAUGUACCUGAUAUGAAAUAUCUAUGCACUGAUACAGAUGAAACUGGAACAUCAGCCCCUAGAGGAGAAAUUUGCAUAAGAGGGCUUACAGUCUUUAAGGGUUACUAUAAAGAGCCUGAGCACACUAGCGAGGCUAUUGACUCUGAAGGGUGGCUUCAUACAGGUGACAUAGCAACAAGGCUGCCACAUAAUGGCGCCUUUAAAAUUAUUGACAGAAUAAAAAACUUCUUUAAGCUUGCGCAAGGUGAAUAUGUGGCAGUAGAAAAAAUAGAGCUGAUGUAUACCAAAAGCAAAUUUAUCAGUCAAAUCUUUGUAUAUGGGGAUUCAUUCCAAUCGUUUUUGGUUGGAGUGGUGGUCCCUGAUGAAGAAUAUAUAAGAAAUUCAUGGUUAGGGGAGCAUGGAAUUAGCCCUGAUACGCCAUUUGAUGUCAUCUGCAAGAGAAAAGACUUAAAACAUGAUAUUUUAGAAGAUAUGAAAAGAAUUUCUAAUGAAGCUGGGCUGUUUGUUAUUAACAUUCAUUACUCAUUUAGAUUAUUAUAAAAAAGCUCCCGACCAGCAAAUUGCUUUUCAUAUCCCUUACUUCAUGAUCGAUUGGCCAAGCGAAUGCCUCUAGCCUUGCUGGAAUGUCCCUUUCCAACUUCCAAGUUCUAUCCUCCCUCAAGAUAAAACCUUGCCCUGAUGCGAGCUUCCGGUCGGCCAGCCCGAUGAUGCGCUCAACCAGACCUAUGAAACCCGCCACUCACAGUACUCUGCUCUGCCUUCCACAAAGUCCCUAAACUCCCAUCUGGCUGCAGGUGUUAAGAGGGCAGGUAAGCUCUCCACACUAUUUUUAUAUAUGCUUGGUUAUGAGCAAGUAAGAAAAAUUCAUCUGGAGCCAAUUCCUUGGAGCACUGAUGAUUUGAUUACUCCAACCCAAAAACUGAUGCAUUUUAAGGCAAAACUUAAAUAUCAAGACGUAAUAGCAGAACUUUAUUCUUAA